AUGAAAAAAAAAAGUAAGGAAUACUCGUCCAGUUCUGAAGAUGAAGCUUGCAUAGAAGCUUUAAAAGAAGCUACUGAUCAAGAUUUUUUCAAGAAUUCGUUUUUCAGCAGUGAAAAAUCUUUGGAAGACGAUUCAAAGUCACAGGUAAGCAAGACUGAUGGUGAAACUCAGAAAAAAGAGAAAAUCAAAGUAGAGAGCUUAGAAGAAUUUGAAAAUCAUGGACUAUCGCAAUCUUGCAGAGAUUUCAUUGCCAAAAAGUUUCGUGAAGAGCUAGAAAAAGAUACAGUUUUUGUUGAUAGAGGACCAGAGCUUAAAAAUCCGAAUAAUUCAAAUUCAAAUGAGGAGACUGGAAUCAAACUUUUUUCUUCAUCUAACACAGUUCUAACAGGAAUCGUGGAUACAGUUGAGCCCAAAAUCUUGAAAAAAAGAAAAAAAACCAGCAUUCCAUUCAAUGAAAAAGACAAUUUAAAAAAGUGCGUAGAAGUCGCGGUAAAUCCGGAAGAUAUUAUAUCGCAGAAAGAAACGAAAUUUUGGACUGACAGAAAAAUACGCGAGCCCUUUAAAUACAAGAAACAAAAAAAUGGAUUGCUAACAGAAAUCAAGUGA